AUGGAGUUCAAGACCUUAAUUGUCUUCUCAGUCCUUCUGGUCACCACUUUUGGAGCUGUCUCCAAACAACGAUCUGAUGUACACAACAUUGAUCUUUGUGGGGGAUCACCAAGUACACUUGUGUAUCAAACGGUUAUAACUGAAGAAGGUAAAUUGCUGCAAACUGUGAGACAAACUGUGAAUUGGCCCAAUGGGGGUAUCAUAAACUCAAGCCCAAUUCAAUGCAUUUAUGUUGAAGAUUUGAUUGGUGAUGGAAAUGGUGGUUACCCAACAAUUAAAUCUGGAGGCAUUGGUAGCACCUCCGUUACCAUCGAAUUGGUUUCACAAUGGACCAAAGGAAUGAGCUUCAGUAUUACCAUCUACACAUAAGAAGUUGCUGUUAAUUAUACUUUUUGUUUGUUUGUUUGUAAAUGAAAAAUAAAUUAGACGUUAAACGAC